AUGAAGGAGUAUCGUUCUAUGAUGCAAAGUGAAGAGACCGUUAAUUUCAUCUGUACCAAGUACAAUGAUGUAGAAGAAGAAACAACCAGUUGCCCAGUCAACUCAAUACAUAUUACAGACGUUUCAGACCAACCGAUACCGGACUAUGGUACCUUCAACCUCUCUGUCAUCUCCGCAGCAAAUAAUACCAACAGCCUCAACACAACCUUCACUAUCAGCCGUGAACCAGACCACACAACUGAGGUAGAAUCAGACCCAGCAGGUGCUCCAGAGCAAACCAUACCAGAACCAGAUACUGAACCAAACCUCACAGCAAGUUUUGACGUGACACGAAGACCAAUAGAAGAUCAGCAAGAAAUAUUAGAAGAUUCCUUAAUUGAGCCAGACCUACCAGACACUAUUCUGCCAGACAUACCAGUAACCUACACAUUGGUUGACCAAGGUUCCCAGCGUGGCCGGUUUAAGUUGGUGAGCAGUGAUGGGUAUGAAUAUACCAAAAAGUCAUCCAAGGGUGACUUUACGUACUGGAGGUGUUCCAAACGCUCCAAGACUGUCAACUGCCCAGCAACAGUCUCUCAGAAAGGCAGUGACUAUAAGAUGAACACCAGACAACACAUACACCAAGCUGACAAGGGUGCACUAAAGAAAGUAGUGGUUAGAAAAGAGGUUAAAGCAGAAAGUCUUCGAGACAUACACAAGUCAGCACGACGUAUAGUAGAUGACAAGAUGUUGGAACACAUAGAGCCUGAAGAUCACCAGCUACCAAAGGUCAACAACCUAGAAAGACUGGCAAACAGAGUACGUGAAGACCUCAGGCCAGAUGAACCGCAAGACCUUUACUUUGUCAUGAGUAGAUUUAUUUGUUUAUUUCACAGUACUAAAUUUAUUUAG